UUGAGGAGAGCGCGGCCGGAGAGCAGAGCUCCGGGACCCAGGUGACCGGGAAAGCAGGCAGCCCCAGCGGCGGGAGCAGCCGGCAGCAGCCCAGGCCCGGGGACAGGGGUGGGGGUGGGAGGGGGGCUGAGGGGAGGACCUGAAGGGGGGCGGCAGGGCAAAAGGGACCCCUGAAGCCCUGCCGCCAUCAGAGAUCAAGCAUCUGGCAUCAGGGAUCUUCGGACCCAGCAGAACGAUCCGUCACAGGGGAGGUGUCCUCCCAGGGAAGCCAACGAGACAUUCACCUGCCCCACAUCAGGAAUGGGCCCCCCUCACUGACGCUGCUGGCAACCAUAGCAGGCCCCUUAACCCCUCAGUCUCCUCCCUAUCACCCACCUCAGGCCCUUUCCCCGCCUCCAGCUCUCAUCUCAACUCCCAGUUCCCAGCCCUCUAAGCCCCAGCGCCCCGGCUACCACCUCUCCCUCCAGGUCUUGGCCACACUCACCCCCAUCCUGGGACAUUUGCCAGAUCUCUGGGAGGGAGAUCGUUUGUUUGGGCGAUGCCCCCUGGUGGCAUGACAGCGUCUGCCUAGACCCCUGACCCCUAGCCCUCAACUCCCUGGGCCUCCUUUGUGUGAAGAGCCGCCCCUCUGCUCAGCAGCGUGGUUGGGGGCCAAAGGGAAAGCCAGCCCCGGCUGGGCCCUCGGGCCCCACCACUUAUCUCCUUGCUGGGCAGCUCCCCUUGGCCUUUGGGUCUCUCCCUGCUCCCUCGGCCCUCCUCCUGGGCCGCCUCGAUGAAGGAGCCGGAUGCCAUCAAGCUGUUUGUGGGGCAGAUCCCGAGGCAUCUGGAGGAGAAGGACCUGAAGCCCAUCUUCGAACAGUUUGGUCGGAUCUUCGAGCUGACUGUCAUCAAGGACAAGUACACCGGGCUGCACAAGGGAUGUGCCUUCCUGACAUACUGUGCCCGGGAUUCAGCCCUGAAGGCCCAGAGCGCCCUACACGAACAGAAGACACUUCCAGGGAUGAACAGGCCGAUCCAGGUCAAGCCAGCCGACAGCGAGAGCCGAGGAGAAGACCGGAAGCUGUUUGUGGGGAUGCUAGGGAAGCAGCAGACAGAUGAGGAUGUCCGGAAGAUGUUUGAGCCCUUCGGGACCAUCGACGAGUGCACUGUGCUCCGGGGGCCAGAUGGCACUAGCAAAGGUUGCGCCUUCGUGAAGUUCCAGACCCACGCCGAGGCCCAGGCAGCCAUCAACACCCUUCACAGCAGCCGGACCCUGCCAGGUGCCUCGUCCAGCCUGGUGGUGAAGUUUGCUGACACUGAGAAGGAGCGGGGUCUCCGCCGCAUGCAGCAGGUGGCCACCCAGCUGGGCAUGUUCAGCCCCAUCGCCCUCCAGUUCGGAGCCUACAGCGCCUACACCCAGGCCCUGAUGCAGCAGCAGGCGGCCCUGGUAGCAGCUCACAGUGCCUACCUCAGCCCCAUGGCCACCAUGGCUGCUGUGCAGAUGCAGCACAUGGCUGCCAUCAAUGCCAAUGGCCUCAUCGCCACCCCCAUCACCCCAUCCUCAGGAACCAGCACCCCUCCUGCCAUCGCUGCCACGCCUGUCUCUGCCAUUCCGGCUGCCCUGGGCGUCAACGGCUACAGCCCGGUGCCCACUCAGCCCACUGGGCAGCCUGCCCCUGAUGCUCUGUAUCCCAACGGGGUUCACCCCUACCCAGCCCAGAGCCCCGCAGCUCCCGUGGACCCCCUGCAGCAGGCCUACGCGGGGAUGCAGCACUACACAGCCUACCCAGCAGCCUACAGCCUGGUGGCGCCUGCAUUCCCGCAGCCUCCAGCCCUGGUCGCUCAGCAGCCCCCACCACCCCCUCAACAGCAGCAGCAGCAGCAGCAGCAGCAGCAACAGCAGCAGCAAAGAGAAGGCCCUGAUGGCUGCAAUAUCUUCAUCUACCACCUGCCCCAGGAGUUCACUGACUCAGAGAUCCUCCAGAUGUUUGUCCCCUUUGGCCAUGUCAUCUCAGCCAAAGUCUUUGUUGACCGGGCCACCAAUCAGAGCAAAUGUUUUGGCUUUGUGAGUUUCGACAAUCCGGCCAGUGCCCAGGCUGCCAUCCAGGCCAUGAAUGGCUUCCAGAUCGGCAUGAAGCGCCUCAAAGUCCAGCUAAAGCGGCCUAAGGAUGCCAACCGGCCCUACUGAGGGCCCCCAGGUCUGGAGAUACCAGAGGAAGGGGCGCCUCACACCCUCUUCCCACGACUGGCCCCGGCCCUCUCCGCACACCUGCCCUGGGCCUUGACUGGGUUCUGGGGCAAACGCUGCUUCGUGGUCCCUGGGGGGCACAAGACACCGGCCCCUCCCACCCCCUGCCUCUCUGAAGGGCCGUGGCUAUGCUUCCCUGCCUCCAAGGGCCCAUUUCCUCCUAGAUGCCCUUUUGGCCUUUGUGAGGGAGCGAGGAACAGGCUCGAAGGUUCCGGGGUAUCUGCCUUCUGCUGGGCUCCUGUGACGGGCCUUCUGUGCCCAGCGUUUGUACUUGCCUCCCCCACCAGUGGGCCUGUUGUAUCUGUGCAGGCCCCAGGAGAGCUGCAGGGGCCUGCCAUACACUCCCAGCCCACCCUCACCCCAGCCUCUUCCCCACAUUAGGGGUUUCUUGGAAGCUGGCUCUCACUCCCCUCCACCCUCUAGCUAGAGGUAGGAUAUCCCUGACUCGUGGGCUCCCAGCCCUAAAACUCACUGCCUCCCCCAAGGGCCCCCUCUUAGGAGAGUGUGGGGGAGCCCUGAGGGCUGCCUCUCUGCCAGUCAGCCACAGAGACCCUCCUCCUUUCACGAGGAAAAGACCUUCCCCUGAAUCCCUAAAAAUGUUUACAGUCUCUGCUGGUUCCCUCCGUGUAAAUACCACUACCACCCGUGCGUUAUCCAGCCCGCCCGGCCUGGCCCGGACGCUGCCAUCUCUCUUUCUGGGAGUUUAGACAAUGUUGCCCUUGGAUUUUUUUCUCUCUCUUAAUUUCUCCCUUUGCUUUGGGGGGUAAUUGGAUAUUGGGAGGAGGGGUGUGGGGAGGGGUAAAGGGGUUUAUUACCUGAUCAUUUUCUUUAGGAAGGUUUUAGGGAAAAGAAAAUGGGGUGGGGGUGGGAGUGGUAAGGGGAGACCGGGGAGUCAGUUUCAGACAGUUCUCUAUGCUUAACUUAUUUAUUUAUUGCAUUUUACUUUUAAAGAGUUGGUCUUUUCUGUCUAAAUAAAGAAAAAAGUUUAAAAGCA